GUAUUAUUUUAGCGAUUCGUGAUUCGUUAAAACUUGAUCACAUGUUGUUUUGUAUUUACUCAGGCUGCACGCUAAUUCUGCUAUAUUUAGCGUUUCGUAGGUCAAAAACAGCAUAUUGCACAGAGCAUACAGCAUGUUACUAAAAAUACAUUUAAAAAAAUCCCCAAUUGUCGUCACAUGUUCUUCUCGGCCAAUCAAAACGACUUCCUGUGUAGACAGUUUGCAGGAGUUGCAGACAAUCAUGGCGGAAAGUAGAUUUGCGUCCCUGGAACAAGAUGAAAGGGACGAUAUAAUGGAAAAUAUAGAAACGAAAAACACAAAAAGACAGAAUACCACAGCUGUUAAACUAUUCAGGGAAUAUUUGACCGAGAAAAGCAAGCCGAUAGAAUUCGAACAGUACACUGUGGAGCAACUGGACGAUACAUUGGCAUCAUUUUAUUUGGAAAUGAGAAGUAAGGAGGGAAAACAUUAUAAAAAGACAACUAUGCAAUCCUAUAGACAAGGUUUAAACAGACAUAUACAGAAAUGUAGGGACAUAGACAUUUGCAAUGAAGAUAUAUUCAAAAAAUCCACUAAAUCCUUCAAGGGUAUGACAAAGGAACUCAAGCGCCUUGGGUUAGCUGCAAUUGAACAACACCCUUCCAUAGAAGAGAGUGAUAUUGAGAAGAUGUACUCAUAUUUUUGUAAAAAUCUGGAGGAUGCACAGCUUUUGCAGUAUAAGGUAUUUGUUGACAUCAUGCUGCACUUUGGUCGUAGAGGGAGGGAAAACCUGUCCAAUCUUACAAGAAAGCAUUUUGCAGUUAAGCGUGGUGCUGAUGAAAAGUUGUAUGUCUACAAAGUAAUUGAUGAGCAAACAAAAAACCACCAAUCAGACAGUGAAUUAUCCUCAGAUGGACGGAUGUAUGAAAUAACAGAUGGCGAAAGAUGUCCAGUAAAGUCUUUUGUGAAAUAUAUCAGAAGGUUGAAUCCAAAGUGUGUUAAAUUAUUUCAACAAGCAAGAUCAUACCCUAAAGAAGGCGUGUAUUAUGACAAUGUACCUCUAGGUCAUAAUAGACUUGGCCAAUUCAUGAAUGAAAUUAGCAAAAUGGCAAGUCUUUCUCAACUAUAUACAAAUCAUUCUUGCAGAGCAACAACUGUUCAUCUUCUUGACGAAGCGGAUAUUCCAAGCAGACAUAUAAUGACAGUUACGGGACAUAAAUCAGAAACAUCUCUAAAAACUUACUCUGGAAAAACUUGUGAGAAAAAAAAACGGCAUAUGUCGGAGAUAUUAAGCUCAAAAACGUGUGGAAAGAAAUCGUGUAUAUCUAAUAUUGAUUUUCUUUGCUUGUCUCAAAGUACCAUUACAGUUGAAGGAGAGGAAAAUCAUGAACAUAUUCCUGUUGACUUGAAUGAUGCAAAUUUUGAGUUAGAGCUUUUAUCAAACUCACAGAGUGAAACUGUUAUGAAAGACAUAUCGCCUAAUGAUCAAUUUGAUGAAAUUCUGACAGAAAUCAGUAAUGGUGCCUCAAAGAGAAAUACAAAUAUAAUGAAGCCAGAGACAUUGAUGCCAAAUCCAAAUUUUUUAAAAGAACCAUAUCCAGAUAUGAAAAUGCCAUUUCUAAAUAACUGUAGCAAUGUAACUGUUAAUGUAAAUUACAAUGUUCACCCAUAUGUGAACAACCCAGCAAAGGUAUAGCUUCAUAUACAAAAUGUUUUUGUUGUAAAUUUCUUGUUACUUAAUCUGUUAUUUGUUAUAUCUUGUUUCAAUUAAAUAAGAAACAUCUAUAUAUUGAUUGUUGUGAUUCUGUUAUGUACAUUUGAAAAUUUCACAGUAAUAAUGGUUUUGAAGACAUGGAAGAUGUCCUUUCUGCAAAUACAUAUAUUGUGUUCAUGCAAUAGUUCAAGAUUAAUAAUAUAACAAUUGUAGCCUUUGUUUGAGGUCAAUACGAGGUUAUAUCGACCAAGAGAAGCAUAUCGACCUCGGACUUCGUCCUCAGUCGAUAUGCUUCUCUUGGGUCGAUAUAACCUCGUAUCGACCUCAUACAAAGGCUAUAAUUGUAUAAUAUCAAUAGAUUUAUGUAUUA